AUGGGGGAGGUGGUUGACGGUGAGCUCCAGGAAGUUCCAGGCAACUCGCCCUGGCGCGUCCUCUGUCAUCCGCCAAGCUCGGACCACCUCACCACACCAAAGCUUCCAGCCGCGGCUUUGGUUUUGCGCUUCUGCGGUCCAGCAUCGCGCCACAAGAACAGCCUUAGCCAAGGAACUUUGAGCUGGUUUUCCUGUCAAUAUGCUAAGGUCAACAUACACUCCGCCGCCACCGCUGCCCCCAGGGUGGACAGAACACCGAGCGCCUACUGCCCCGACAUAGGCCAUUUGUACUAUUACAAUUCCGCUACGAAACAGUCAACAUAUACGAGACCCCAGGCAUCUGUUCCUGAACCUGCGCCGGCAGCCCCGGCGCCUUCCCAAACACUUCCAUAUUACGCCCCAGAAACUUUACCAGCAUUUUCCUCCACACCGUAUGGCCCCGCGAGCUUUCAACCAGGCGGCGCACAGCAUGAGACCCCACAAAAUACUCACGGUCGAGGAGGUUUUCGCGGAGGGAAGGGACAUGAUCGUGGCCGACGAGAACCUCAUGAUAGACCGAAGUCGAAACAUUCCAUCCCGGAUUGCGCACCCUGGGUGCUUGUGAAAACCAAGCUCGGACGGCGCUUUGUUCAUAAUCUAGAAACCAAUGAGAGUUUCUGGAAAUUCCCCCAGGAGGUUCUGAAAGGUGUGGUCGAGUACGACCGCCUAGAACGGGAGAAGAAAGAGAGAAAAGAGCAAGGAGAGGAGACGGAGGAGCCACAGACUGCGACUGCCCCAGAAAAGACCACGCCAGGGCCUGGGAAGCCCAGUGAGGUGCCUGCACAAAAUUCGACAGCGCCCGAGCCCGUGGAAGCUGCCGAAGACCACGAUGAGUACGAAGAGGUCGAAGUCACAGACAGUGAAGAUGAAGAAGAGGGACAGCCAGUCAAGCGUGCUCGAACCGAGAGCAAGGCCCCCGAAAACGAACCGGUCGAAUUCACGGAAGAGGACAUGGCAUAUCAGCUCGAGGCAAUGGGUGAAGAAUAUGGCCUUGACCCGGAGGAGUACGGUGAACCCGGGGACGACUGGGAUGAGGGCGCCCAGGGCCUUGAACUGACAGAUGCUGAUGCCGAAGCGCUCUUCCGCGACCUCCUUGACGACUACAACAUAAACCCAUUUGCCACAUGGGAGAAUAUCAUCGAAGAAGGUCGGAUCAUCGAGGAUUCCCGAUACACAGCACCCGGGAACAUGAAAAGCCGACGAGAAAUUUUCUCAAGAUGGAGCAGUGAUCGUAUCAAAGACGUUCGAGAACAAAAGGCGAAGCAAGAAAGACAAGAUCCGCGGAUCAAGUAUUUGUCUUUCCUUCAAGAGCGUGCGACCCCCAAACUUUAUUGGCCUGAAUUCAAGCGCAAAUAUCGGAAAGAAACAGAGAUGAAAGAUUCACAGCUGUCCGAUAAAGAGCGAGAGAAAUUUUACCGCGACUAUAUUUCCCGCCUCAAGCUUCCUGAGAGUACUCGGAAGUCGGAUCUUUCUGCUCUUCUCAAAUCCGCGCCUCUUCAUGCUCUCAAUCGCUCGUCAAGUAUUCAGGCUCUUCCGACUUUGAUCAUUACUGAUAUUCGAUAUAUCGGGCUCCCCGCCAAAACACGCGAUCCACUGAUCGAGGCAUUUAUUUCUACUUUACCUCCGCCACCCGAGAAACAAAUGACCGCGGAGGAGCAAGAGGAAUAUGAUCGAAAGCAAAGGGAACGAGAGAAACGUGAAAAGGCUCUGGCGGAAAGAGAAAAACAGGUGGAGGAAGACAAGCGAAGAAAUCGUGGAGAUCUUCUUCGCGGCAAGCAUCUUCUACGAGAAGGUGAGGCUGAAAUAGCUGAGGCUAUGCAGAUUCGCAGAGAUGGACUGCGCAGCUAUAUGGAAGUCGACGAGGCGACUGGAGAACAAGAGGAGCCCAGUCGAUAA